AUGAGCUAUUGCUCGCAGUUGACAACUUUUCCAGAUUUUUCUAGAAACAUCAAGAUCAUCAAGGCAAGUAAGACGAAGAUAGAAGAUGUUCCUGCAUCCGUUGCUGGAGGUUGGUCUCGUCUUGACACGCUUGAGAUAGGCAGCACAAGCCUCACGAAAUUAACCAAGCUAGACCUAAGCAGCUGUGAUAUAAAGAAUAUUCCAGAUUGCGUCAUCGGCCUCCCUGGUCUAGAGAUUCUUAACGUUCAAGACUGCAGCAAGCUGGUGUCACUGCAGAGUCUUCCGCCUUCACUUUUGUAUCUCUAUGCAAAUAAUUGUGGAUCUCUCAAAAGCGUAAGUUUUUCGUUCGAUCGUAUAUUACUCUCAACGACUGCACCUGUGUUAAAGACGCGAAAAGAGUAUCAUCAUCCAUCACUUUCUACCAUCCUAAAAGGCGAGUCUUUUUGA